CCCUACCCAAUUCAGCUUUCUUCAAUUCUUUGCCUUCUGUUUGCGACGUUAUUGCUUAAUUAAUCGCCACAUAUGGACAUGGGUUUGGAAACUCAGAGUCUGAAGGCCUACUUCCUCCCCUACCUCACUCCCAGCCACAUGAUCCCACUCGCAGACAUAGCCAUGCUGUUCGCGGCACGUGGGGCGGACGCGACCAUAUUCGCCACCCCCCACAACGCCCUCUUCUUCCAGAAAUCCGUCGAUUCCGCCGUCGCCUCCGGCCACCGCGUCGCCGUCCACAUCCUCGACUUCCCCAGCAAGGAGGUCGGCUUGCCCGAGGGCGUUGAGAACUUCAGCUCCGCUGGUUCCAUUGAAAUGGCGGGCAAGGUGUUCCGAGGUUUCAUGAUGCUCCGACAAUCCAUGGAGCGGAUGAUCCGAGAAUUCCCGCCCGACUGCCUCGUUGCCGACGCGUACUGCUUCUGGGCCUCCGACUUGGCUGCGGAGCUCCAAAUUCCGAGGAUAUCCUUCCGCGGGAACGCCUUCUUUGCCCUGUGUGCUGCCGACAGCAUUUCCCGUCACGCACCCCAUGAGAGGGUGCAAUCCGACGAUGAACCGUUUGUGGUGCCCAACGUGCCGGGCGAGGUCCGAAUGACGAGGUCGGAGCUCCCAGAUUGGGUCCGGAUUCCCAAUGGGUAUGCCGAUUUCAUGAACAAAGCUGCAGAGUCCGAUCUAAAAUGUGAUGGGGUUGUCGUGAGCAGCUUCUACGAGUUGGAAAGUGAGUUUGCGGAUCACUAUAGAAGUGUUCUUGGGAGGAAAGCUUGGGCCUUGGGACCCCUUUUCCUCAAAAGCAAGAAAAAUACUUCAACUGAUCCUCGUCACAUCUGUUUGAGUUGGCUUGAUUCUCAAAAACCCAAUUCAGUUCUUCAUGUUAGCUUCGGAAGCUUGUCCUGUUUUAGCUCCACUCAGUUACAGGAGAUGGCAAUGGCUCUCGAGUCAUCGGGGAAACCAUUCAUAUGGGUUGUUAGGAAGGACGAUGUGUUGAGGGAAUCGGAAUGGUUGCCGGAAGGAUACGAAGAAAGGGUUAAAGAGAACAAUAGAGGUAUGAUAAUAAGGGAUUGGGCUCCUCAGACAUUGAUCCUGGAACAUCAAGCCAUAGGAGGGUUCAUGACUCAUUGUGGGUGGAAUUCGGUGGUGGAAAGCGUCAUCGCUGGGGUGCCUAUGAUUGCAUGGCCACUCUCGGCAGACCAUUUCUAUAAUGCAAAAUUGGUGAUUCAAGUGUUGAGAAUCGGAGUGGAGGUGGGGGUUGAACAAUGGAGCCAGUUGAUUCAAGAAAGUAAAGAAUUUGUGAGUAAGGAGAAGAUAGAAAAGGCUGUGGGUGGGCUAAUGGGAGGCGGAGAAGAGGCAGAGGAGAUGCGGAGGAGGGCGAAGGAGUUGGGAGAGUUGGGGAAGAAGGCGGUGGAUGUUGGCGGUUCGUCCUAUAAUGAUUUGACUGAUUUGCUUGCCCACAUUAAAUCAUGCAAACAGAAAAGAGAAAAGUAAUCCAAGUAUGUUACUUCAUCGCAUAUUUUGUGUUCCAAGGUUUCGGUUUGGUAGAAUAAGAGUUUAUCACUUAUUUCUUCUUCUUCUUAAAUUAUGGAUGAAUUCUUGUCUUUUGACCAAGCUCUACUUGGAGGCUAGCUUCAUUGUCACUAUGUUCCAGAGUUUUUUGUUAUAAAAUAGCGAAUAUUAAUGAGCAAGUUUGUAU